AUGGACGCAGCAGCUACUAUGUCGUCACCUCUAGUCCAAGACGACCCCCCUGUCGCGGACGAUGCUAGUGCAGAGUGGAUGGCGUUUGUGACCUCCUAUUUACGUGGAGUUGAGAGUGCUCGAGAUGACCGUCUGAUCCACGACCCUUUUGCCGCACCGCUCACUCGAUCCCGGCAGCCGGAAAUUGAAAAGUUUGUUGACGAGGUGUUGCGCAAGUUCUACUCGUCCCCAGAGCACGUCAUUGCCCUCCGCACACGAUACCUGGACGAAGCUUUGUAUCACCGUGACCCGCGCGUUCUUCAAAUUGUGAUUCUUGGCGCCGGGCUUGAUGCUCGAGCAUACCGAUUGGAAUCACUCCGCGGUUGUCAUGUUCUGGAAGUCGAUCAAAGCAAUGCUGUGUUCGAGCACAAGACCGAUGUGAUGAAGGAACUGCACGCGCCACUACUUGCUCAGAACGUCGACUGCAUCGUCUCGAAUUUGGCCACAGCCGGGCUGGAGGCAAAUCUGAUGGGCCACGACUUCAAUCCGACUAUGCCGACGUUCUGGAUCAUGGAGGGUCUGCUGCCUCAUAUCGAGCGUUCGGGCAUUGUUGAGCUACUGAAGGCGAUCGACUACCUUUCGGCGCCAGGAAGUGAGUUCUGGACGGACAUGCCGGGUCAAUCGUUUGCUGACGAGAAAGAGUGGGGGACCCACGCUGUUAACUAUGGCGAUGAUGACCCGUUGCAGGGAGUGUUGAACGAGAUUCCAUGGACGUUGGAAGUGCAAGCGUCGCUGGAAACGGCCGGUGACCACUUUGGUCGGCACUGGACACCGAUCGUAUCCGCCCAAAGCAAACGAGCGGUUCCAAUGUUUUUCGUCGUCGGCAAGAAGCCGAUUCCGGAUGUGGUUGUGAUGCAGAAAAUGUGUCCUGGUCUCGACUUCGAGGAUUAG